UGCGCUUUCCACUGCGCCUUCAACCCGCCUUACCCACGGCCUGCACCGACAGCUAGCAAUUUGCGUACUCUUCAGCCCCGACACAAAAGAAGUACUUCGUGGAAAUGAACCCGCUGUUUUUCUCUCCUCCACACUCGCCUGGUAUUCUAGCUUCGCCUACUUCCUUCAGAUUGAGAAUGUUCGAAAAGUCGCUGACGGACCUGAUUCAGGGCCUGCGAGCGAACAAGCGCAACGAGUCCGAGUACAUCAGCAAGUCGCUAGAGGAAAUCCAGAAUGAGAGCGCAGCAAUCGACAAGCUCAACUACCUGCACAUGCUUGGGUAUGACAUGAAUUGGGCAAACUUCAACGUGGUCGAGGUAAUGUCGUCAGCCAAGUUUAGCGAGAAGCGCGCCGGGUACCUGGCGGCCUCGCAGUCGUUCAACCAGGACACGGACGUUCUGAUGCUUGCGACCAACCUGAUCCGCAAGGACCUGGCAUCGACGAAUUUCAUGGAGAUAGCCACGGCGGAGCUGGCCAUGGACCUGUUUGACGACGUGCUGGCAAUCCUGGGCCACUCACGACCGUAUAUCCGGAAGAAGGCGAUAGCGUGCUUGUAUAAGAUGACGCUGAAGCACCCGGAGGGCCUGCAUGACUUUGUGCCACAGCUCAAGGAGCGACUAGACGACCCGGACCCGUCGGUGGUGUCAUCAGCGGUCAGCGUAAUCUGCGAGCUAGCGCACACGAAUCCGCGCAACUACCUACCGCUGGCGCCCAAGCUGUACCACCUGCUGAACUCGUCGAACAACAACUGGAUGCUGAUCAAGAUUGUGAAGCUGUUUGCGUCGUUGACGCCGAUUGAGCCGCGGCUGGCAAAGAAGCUGCAUGGCCCGUUGAGCAGCUUGAUAUGCACAACCACAGCGAUGUCGCUACUGUACGAGUGCAUUAAUACGGCGGUGGUCGGCGACAUUAUCAGCGUGCCACUGCCCGUGACCGACAGCAUUGGAAGAGAAAUUGACUUUGCCGAGCUGUGCGCGCACAAGCUGGAGGUGUUUUAUGACUCGUCUGACCACAACCUGCGGUACGUCGGGUUGGUGACGCUGGCGGAGCUGCAGGUGCGGCGGCCAGACCUGGUUGUUAACCAAUACGAGACGAUCUUGCGCUGCCUGGACGACCCAGACAUGGGGAUCCGUAUGCGGGCGUUGCAGGUGAUAUCGGGGAUGGCGACGCGCAGGAACCUGUCGCAGAUUGUCAAGCGGCUAAUGUCGCAGCUCAUUCUGUCAAACACAAUCGCUCUGAAACCCGGCAACACCGAGGGUGGGCCAGACGAAGACGAGCUUGAGAGCACGCCGCUGAUUGACCCCUCAGGGGUCAGUCUUGUCAGUGCCAAGGGCUCGUUUACAACGCCCAAGAAGGCUGCCAGCAGCUCCGAGCCCAAUGCAGCGGACAACCCUGAAUACCGGCUGGCAGCUGUCGAAGCCAUUAUUGAUAUGUGCAGCCGGCAGUCGUACGCAAACAUGACCAAUUUUGAGUGGUACGUGGCGGUGCUGGUCGAUUUGGUAUAUAUUGCCGGCGUCGAUGUCGGGCAGCUGCUGAGCCAGCGGAUCCUGGAUGUGACGGUGCGUGUGCGCCAGGUACGCGAAUACAGCGUGCGGAUGAUGCGACAGCUGCUGUCGGAUGUGCGGCUGACUGACUUUGUGUCUGGAGAAAGCCCACAUGCGGCAGUGCUGAGCACAGCGGCAUAUAUUCUGGGCGAGUAUUGCACUCUGGUGCCCGCCAGCUGCGAUGAUAUUGGGCUGCUGCUGUUUCCGUGCCUUCGCCAGCUCACCAGCGACCAGCAGGCGGCGUUUGUGCUGGCGGCUAUGAAGGUGUACACAAACUGGCUGCAGGAUGUUUCUGGAUACUGGAACGACGAGGUUUGGGAGCUGGUGCGAUCGACCAACACAACCACCAUGGACUCGAUCACGUCGCUUUUCUUGGGGCAAGAGGGUGAUGACCUGGACGUGGUUGUGGCAGAGCUUCCGCUGCAGGUGGAAGGACUGCUAAGGAGUUUCAUUGAGAUCACCAAGGCGGUGUCUGUAGCUACAUCCAAUAUGAGCGCCAGCGAGCCUCCGGUAUGCCGCGAGCUGCAUUCGCUGUUCACCAUGUACGAGCUCAACCCCGUGUCGGCAGCCGCCCAGGGCAAGGUUCCUGUGCCUGAUGGUCUGGACCUCGACUCGUGGAUCGGCGACGAAAUCCCUGACACUUCGCUCAGAGUGCUCCCGCCGCCGCCACCACCGCGCCAGACCCGCGCUCCAGCACAGAGAAACUAUGCGUCCAAGGAUCACAAGGCGAACCGCAAGGACCAGCCCCUGGGCAUGCUGCCUGAUGUCGACAGUAUCCCCGUUAUGCAGCUCGACCUGGGGGAUCUCGCCACCGCAAGGCCCAAACCACGCAAGAGCGACAAGCCGAAAAAGAAAAAGAAGAGCAAGUCUAGCAAGCGGCACAAGAAGCCGACGCCUGAGCCAUCGCCACCUAUGGUCCCUGUGGAUAUUGUUGGAGAUGAGGACAUGCCAGACAUCCCCACAAAGCCGCUAAACGACACACCGGCGCAGCAGCCAGGAUCUAUUUCUGGUGACACUGACAACGCCGGUGCCGAGCAGCCUGCAUCGCCACCCCAACAACAUUAGCCAAAGAUAUAGAGAGGACGCAUGGCGCCCGGGCUGCCAGCAUCGGCACAUACCAGGUAGCCAUUGUAUCCUGGCCUGCUUCUGUCGGGGGGAUUUGUUGCGGUUUUGAAUAAAUGUGGUUUUAUGAGCUGCUGCUUGCUGCUGCGCCUGCUUGUUUAGCAUCGACUAUAGGCCAAUAUAGCGUUUUGUAUUGACGCCAUUUCUCGGAACAAGACAAGCCUGAAUAAUGGCUCUAUUUUUUUUUGUCACCAACCUUGAUGGGUGAUCGGAACUG